CCCCCCCUUAAGGGGGGAGGGGGGGGAGGGGGUCGAAAAUCUCCCCUCCUUUAAAGGGGGGGAGGGGGGGGCGUUCUGCGAGCACACACGCCCUUUUCAAUUACAGGGUGAUCCAGUGGCGCGCUUUCGAUGUUUUGACCGCUACAGGCCGCUUCACAUCUGCAUGCUUCUGCAAAGAAACCAAGUCACCUCGAGGUGAAAAAUGGCCUGACUGAUCAUCCAAUCUGGGUAAUUACUGUCACACAAGAAUGCAGCCGGAGAGGGCCGCAUCGGCAUGGCAAGAGCGAGCACCUUACAAGAGGGCCGAAUUGAGUGCAAAAGGGCUUGAAACAGGGGGGAGGCCCACGGGACACAGACCCACAAAAGAACAAUUAAUCGGAGUCAUCCUGACUCCGCUCUCGAACCGCAGGGAGGAGAGGCUGGGAGUCCUCAUCUUCACAGAGGGCGGAGGCGACCUGGAGCAGCUGCUGGGCGGGCGGCAGCUGGACAAGCACGCUCUCCUCGGCUUCGCGAGGAGGUGGAGCCACGGGCUCCUCGGCAUCAUGCUUCGGAUGCACGCCUUUAAAAAUCUGAGACCCUGCAUAUUUGACGGGGGAGGGAAAGGAGGAGGAGGAGGAGGAGGAGGAGGAAGAAAAAGGACAGGAGGAGGAGGAGGAGGAGGCGCACCGAAAGCGCACCAGCGUGCCUCGGGCCAGAGGCCUGGGCUGGCGGCGUGCGCAAGGGGAGGUGGUGGACGGGGGUAGGCCUCUGCAGGGGUGUCUGCAAAAGGCCUCCCCCCUCGCACUGCCCUCCUUUGCGCGUGGCCGACUGGGGUUAGGUUGGGCAUGUCCUCCUACAGUCGGACUUGGGAAAAAUGCUGGAAAGCAUCAAAAUAUAUAAUCAGUUCUGCAUGCGCGCUGCGUCCAGCGCGCCGACCUGGGCCAGCGCACCAACUUUCGCAGGGCGGAAUUCAAGAAGGCCGUUCCCGCCACCGACGCCGUCGAGAUCCGAUCCUCCUUCCUCAUCCUCACCCUGCUCUUCCACCCCCUCCCCAGCAGGGAGCGGGGACACGUGGGUAUUGAUCGUCCACCGCUGCCACAGCGGCGUGUUGUCUGCGCGCGCCGCAGCAGAGGCCUCUACUGGGGAGGCCCAGACGCAGGAGGCCGCCCUGGAGCGCGGCUGGCAGGGCAUCCUCUCGCCAUCGGGAAGGGCGGCGGCGCGCUCUCGAGGGCUUCACAGAAACAAAAACAAACGUAGCACAGCAGAAGCCAAACUGAACCAACGAGCUCUGUUCAAAAGCGCAAGUUGUUGUUGUUCUUUCGCAGGAGAGGCCGCGGCGCGGGAGUCAAAGGCGGACUCCCCAAGCCGAGUCAAAGGCGGACUCCCCAAGCCCGCCAGCCUGAGGAGUGAUCGGGGCCCAGCGGCCAGUCCACGGUGGAGCAACCAUUGAGCCUUAUCGGGGCCAGGCAUCUCUCUCACCCCCCCC